ACUUUUCUCUCAAAAGAUGUUCUGCAUUCAUGAACGAGCACAGUGGCUUAAGGCUGGUUUAUACUUCCGAUUGCGACCCAGUUUUUGGUCUCAGUCAGUGCUCUCUGACGGUCAGAAUGACAUCAUCUGCACUGCCGCGAGCUCCAUCUUUUAUGAAAAGUCUUACGGCCUUUUCUUGUGUGUCUGCGACCGCAAAACGCACAGGGUUGGAUGAUGUUGGAAUAAUCCAACAUUUGUCGCAUGGUUGCAAGCCAGUGAAGCGUGACCAGAGCAAGUUUUUGAGGAACCCAAUACGCAUGAACAACAGAACAGGAUUUUAAACUUACCUCUAAACUGAAUGAAAUUAAAUCGUAAAUGAACAUUUGUUAAAAUGAAUAUUGGUGCUUACAUAGGCUACCAUGCGCAGCAACCACUUGUGUAAUAACAAUAAUGAUGAAUACAAUGCAUUUUUAUUUGUAUUGUUAUUCUUUUAAUAUAUUUGAGUCACUAAUAUGUUAACAUUGCUAUUUAUUUUCUGUAUGCAAUUACUUUCCCCAUCAAAUCAGUAACGUUGCUCUGAUCAGAACUGCUGAUCAGUUUUUUAGCUGCUCAUAAAAAUAUAUAUAAGCCAUUUACACAUUCACUUCAUUCAUGAGACGGGCAAUUUUAAAAUCCCGUCUCAGUGUCGCGGGAUUGUGGAGCCUGUUGGCAACCCUAGUCACAAGUCGACACCGGCAGUAACGCAGACUGACUGAAAGUAUGACCGACAGCUAUGACCACUUUGCUGCGUCAAAAAGUCUGCGAAAUCGGGGGUGCUUCAGUCCUUCUGGCGCACCCGUAGAAGUGUCUGCAGCUGACGUAUGGCUUUUGUCUGCGAGAGAAGUAUAAACCAACCUUUAGACGAGUACAAUUAUAUUAAACUAAGGAGACAAAUGCUUUAGCUUUCGCAUACAAUGUUCAGGCUUAAUGAUUUACAAUGCAACAAUAUUAGAUAUAACCCUUUAAAAAAAAAACAAAAAAAAAAAACAAGGAAAUCAAUUUAAGAUCCACAUAAAGCAGGACAUUGGGAAUGAAAUGUUUAGAGCAGUACUAAGCGGCUUGGUAUUUGUGUACACUGAAUACAUUGAGAUGUGAUGUUUUAUUAGCAAGGUUGCACAGCCUGCAGAGUUAACGAUAUUUGUCAGCAGUGCAGAUAUAAUACAGUCAAGCCAGGAUCGUGCUAAUUGGUUUACGAAUGCAGCCAGAACACCAAAGUUAACAUUAUUUUGCCAACAUUAUUAUUAUUUUUUUUUAUAUAAUUUUCUGAAGUUAUGCCUUAGGAGAAAAAUUAGAGCGAGAUAAGAUUUUAAUAUUAUGCAGAUUCAUAUGAAAACUCAAACAUAAGCUAUGUAUUAUUUUAUUUUUUUUAAUAUAGAUAAGCCUGGUUAUCACACAUGAACACAAAAAAUAUGGUGUUGUUGUUUCCAUUACAUUGUCUACAGCAAUGUAUUUUUUAGAAGUUUUUAUUGAGGCAUGUUUGGAAAGGUGGUUUACAUAUGAAAGAAAAAAAAAUGCUGCUCUCUUUUCUCAUAUAUGGCCAAUUUGUUAGACAAUCUGCACACAUCUCCCUCUGUACGUUAGGACAAAACUAUGGGUUAUGUUAGUUAACGUAGGAUGCACCAAUAAAUUAUUUAGAACAACAAGAGAGGCGUGCCAUCCAGCCAGUGCUACUCUUACACAAUAGUGUCAAUCCAUGCAAAGUGGACCAGAAUUCUUACCAGUGAUCUGAUGGUUGGUGAUUUACAUUUUUAAAUAUCAAAAACAUUUAAGAUAUCAUAUAAAAGCUUUGUUCAAGACCUUUCCUUUGACAACUAUUGUGAAAUGCCUUGAAUUUUUUAAAGUAUAUAUUCUCCGAAUACAGAUUGCAAAAUUCCCUCCCCUCCUUUUUGUACAUAAAUACUUUCCUAAAGUGGUUUUGGAAUCUCCCGAGCUUUCUUGUUGCUGCUUACGCUCAUGACUAUAAUCUUGCACAAUUACAGAACUCAACUGGUGAAACCGGCAACAUUCUUUGAAAAACAAUUUUAACUACAGGUUUUUAGCAAGAGUGUCUCAAAUAUCACACGGAAACUGACAAGUUGGAAGACCAGAUCCAACAUUUCAGUGAAUUUAAACUGUUUUGUACACCUCAUUGCAAAAAUAAGAACGCUUGUAUUUAUGGAACACUUAUGUCCCUUGUACCUGAAACGGUUAAAGUUUUGAAAACCAGAAUACUAGAGGGGAAAUGACUCUUGUAUGGCACACAAUGUUUAGUUAUGGUUAUACUCUGCAUACUUUUCCUUUGUGACAUGCUUGUUUGAAGUAAAGGACGACUCUCUCCCUCCCCUUUUUCCCCAGAUACACCCUCACCCCCAGACCACUUUUAGAAAGUCUCCAGCGCUGUUGAAUAGUAUGCAGGAUGUAUGAUUACCAGAGUCGGUCAUGGGGGGAAAAGAUAUCAAGCCAGAUUUUUAAAAAAAAAAAGCAAAGCAGUAAACAAGGAAAUUGAACAAAAAAUAAAUAAACUAGCUUACACAAGGUCAUUUUUCUUUUCCUCAUAGUUCUGCCAGUAUAAAAUACAAAUAUUCUUCAAAGGAGAUAACAAACCAGUUGUUUCUGAAAACUCUCAAUGCACAGGAAAUUCAUGUUGAACCUGUUUCAAACAACAGCUAGUGGCACCUGAGGCUGGUCUAGUGGUUCUUUCCCAGGAAGGUUUGCAGUGUUCUGUGGUUACAGAAGAUUGACAUUUACUGGAAGCCCGCAAACCAGGAAAUAGACGACUACAUAAAUCCUUGCCGUGUGAAGUUUCAGCAGCAUUGCAACUUGAAAUGAACGCUGCAGACCUAGCACUAAAAUAACAUCUUGAGACUGAAUAAAAAUUCAAUAAUAACAAUUCAAAUAUUUUGCAAAGAAGGAACUGAAGAAAGUGUAACCAUGGCAGGCCGCAUAGCAUUCACAGAGGAUAACGCCCUGCGCAUUGCCGCCGUGGAGAGAGCCUUUGCGCCGUCGGGUAAAAGUCUUUCAAAGCCUGGGCGCGUGCUGGUGGGAGAGGGGAGGCUCAUGAAGCUGUGUCGCCGUAGCCCACAGCCCAAGAUGUUCUUCCUCUUCAAUGACAUUAUGGUGUAUGGCAGUAUCGUGGUCCACAGGCUCUGGUACAAAAACCAGCACAUCAUCCCGCUGGAAGAUAUCAUCGUUGAAGACCUGGCUGACAGCCUGGAAAUGAAAAACCAGUGGCUCAUCAGAACGCCCAAGAAAUCUUUCUACAUGUCCGCUGCUUCCGAGAAGGAAAAGCAGGCGUGGAUCUGCCGCAUUAUGGAGUGCAGGGAGCAGCAGUUGAUCAGUUCGAGGAAGGAGCCCACCACUAGUUUCGCAGCUACCUGGAUUCCUGACCGAGCCUCACAUAUCUGCAUGCGCUGUGCGGACAAGUUCACUGUAGCACAACGGAGGCACCACUGCCGGCAGUGUGGCUUUGUGGUGUGUAACUCAUGCUCCAAGUGCAGGAUUGUCAUCCCAGCCAUCUCUGCAAAACCUGUCAGAGUGUGCACUCUGUGUUUCAACACUCUACUGUGUGAGAAGGCCAAGGAGGAGGCUGGGAAGAGGAGUUCAGACGGGUUUGACUUGGAAAUGCCCGUGUAUGAAGCAUCAAGUGAUGAGGACAGUGAUGAGAGGGAGGAAGAUGACAUGAUGCCCAUCCAAUGGGCAAAACCACAUAUUAUCUACCAUCCAAAAAACACUUGCUUUGCAUAUCUUAAAUAACAGUGGCCAAACUGUUUUCUGUAAUGCCAGUAAUUGACUUGAAGAGAUUGGAUUGUGCAGAACCUAGUUAUACAAAGACAAUUACCUUUAAAUGACACCAACAUUACGUACACUGCAACUAACAGGAAUGUGAAAUGUCGUGUUUCUUUGAUUUAAUCUUCAUAUUAAUUGUAAAGAUUCAAUAUGUACUUAUGUUAAAAAAAGGUUACUACACGUGCAAUCUAAUGCACAAAAAUGUUGCCAUAUUUGAGAAUUCUGCCAAUGCUUUGACUGUGAAUAUACUUAUUUAGUGAUUUAAAAUAACACUAUUAAAUGCCUGGUUUUCUACAGAGGAGAAGUCAGUGUUACCGGCUGCUCAGACAUUGCUGUGAAAUUGUGUUUCCUUUAUAUAUGGUAUUGGUGUGUAUUAAGGGAAUGUGUUUAUGACUCCAAUGUAUUGUUAAAUUAUGGUUGAGCAGUAUUUCAAUUUGAUGUAACUAACCAUGCAUUAAUGGCACUUCUAAAGGUCACAAAUAAAACACAAUAUUCUAAAUCAA